AUGUUAGCCCUUGAUGAUACUGACUACUCUGUAAACGGAAUCGGCGACGGUGAAGACAACAAUGCUCGUGGCAUCAUAAGCGAUGGGCCAGCCGCAGACCCUAUAACCGAUGACCGCCGCCGCCGAGCUACGACCUCUCCUCCCGCCCUUCAAUUGUUCAAUUGUUGGGAAGACGACGGUGCUCUUGGCAUCAUAAGCGAUGGCCCAGCCCCAGUCCCUAUCGCCGAUGACCCCCGCCGCCGAGCCCUUGAUGAUACUGACUACUAUGUAAACGGAAUCGGCGACGGUGAAGACGACAAUGCUCGUGGCAUCAUAAGCGAUGGCCCAGCCGCAGACCCUAUAACCGAUGACCGCCGCCGCCGAGCUACGACCUCUCCUCCCGCCCUUCAAUUGUUCAAUUGUUGGGAAGACGACGAUGCUCUUGGCAUCAUAAGCGAUGGCCCAGCCCCAGUCCCUAUCGCCGAUGACCACCGCCACCGAGCCCUUGAUGAUACUGACUACUCCGUAAACGGAAUCGGCGACGGUGAAGACGACAAUGCUCGUGGCAUCAUAAGCGAUGGCCCAGCCGCAGACCCUAUAACCGAUGACCACCGCUGCCGGGCUACGACCUCUCCUCCCGCCCUUCAAUUGUUCAAUUGUUGGGAAGACGACAAUGCUCUUGGCAUCAUAAGCGAUGGCCCAGCCCCAGUCCCUAUCGCCGAUGACCCCCGCCGCCGAGCCCUUGAUGAUACUGACUACUCUGUAAACGGAAUCGGCGACGGUGAAGACAACAAUGCUCGUGGCAUCAUAAGCGAUGGGCCAGCCGCAGACCCUAUAACCGAUGACCACCGCCGCCGAGCUACGACCUCUCCUCCCUCCCUUCAAUUGUUCAAUUGUUGGGAAGACGACAAUGCUCUUGGCAUCAUAAGCGAUGGCCCAGCCCCAGUCCCUAUCGCCGAUGACCACCGCCACCGAGCCCUUGAUGAUACUGACUACUCCGUAAACGGAAUCGGCGACGGUGAAGACGACAAUGCUCGUGGCAUCAUAAGCGAUGGCCCAGCCGCAGACCCUAUAACCGAUGACCGCCGCCGCCGAGCUACGACCUCUCCUCCCGCCCUUCAAUUGUUCAAUUGUUGGGAAGACGACAAUGCUCUUGGCAUCAUAAGCGAUGGGCCAGCCGCAGACCCUAUAACCGAUGACCACCGCUGCCGAGCUACGACCUCUCCUCCCGCCCUUCAAUUGUUCAAUUGUUGCGAAGACGACAAUGCUCUUGGCAUCAUAAGCGAUGGCCCAGCCGCAGUCCCUAUCGCCGAUGACCACCGCCGCCGAGGGACGUCCUCUCCUCCCUCUCUUCAAUUGUUCGAUUGUUGUAAAGACGACAAUGCUCUUGGCAUCAUAGGCAGUGGCCCAGCCGCAGACCCUUUCGCCGAUGACCCCCGCCGCCGAGGAGAGUCUUCCAUGUCAGCCCUUGAUGAUACUGACUACUCUGUAAACCGAAUCGGCGACGGUGAAUCAUCCGACUGCCAUCAAGUUCAUGCCGGGGAGUCGAGCAGAGGAGACUUGUACGACGAGGAAUCGAGCGACGGCUUCGAUGUCUACGAGUUGAUAGGUCGUGAUCUCAGACGAGCUUUAAAUUUCGGUGAGCCGAGCUCGAGUCGCGGAAGCGACGACCUCGAGAGCUCGGUACCUCCUUCAGUCGAACCUCCUGCGUCCGUUGCAUACCCGAGCCUCUUUUACUCCUAUCCGUCCGACGUUGCAUCCACCGACUCACAAGAUCGUUUGCCUUCUCACUCCGUUCCUGAUGUAGCCUAUUAUUACGAUAUAUUCUGCCCUCACCUCAACCCAUACCCAUCUUCUCACUACUACAUUAGCCGCCCGAGAGCUAAAGAAUUAGUCCGGCAGUCGCUGCUCUACUAUGAAAGUAUUGACCUUUCGGCAGUCAUGGCAACAUCCUCCUGCUUUUUGUGCUCGGGACGUCCGAUAGUGACUCGCGAAGUUCGGGAACAACCACCAUGUAGUCGAUGCUUCCAGGAAUUCUUGGAUGGUAGAGAACCUGAGAUCACCCAGAAAGUCCUUGCUGGAUUUCUUCGGUGCUCGGUGUACGACAUGAUGAUGGACUGCAGAGGAAGCGAUUUCAUACUGAAACUGUUGCACGUCGCCGAUGAUGUACAGCGGAGGCAAAUGGAGGAUUACGUUAGGAAGGAUCAUCGCAUGCUUCUCAAGGUUGCCAAGGAUUCCUCCGGGAGUGAGUGUGUGAAAGAACUCGUCAAGAUCCUCAAGUUUCCAGUAGGGAAGGCUCUCAAGUGUCAUGUUAAACAACUUAUGACCUGUAAGAACGGGAAAGCUGUGGUUGAUUGCUGCUUGGAACAUCUGAAUUACGAAGCCAAUAAGGUCUUCAUUCAAGCUGCUCUGAACUCUUUUACGGAGUUGGCAUCAGACAAAUGUGGCUGCUUGGCCCUUGUGAGCUGCAUGGAUUACUCGAUGAAUCCUCACAGGAACCUGUUGCUGAAAAAGACUACAGAUGAUGCAAUUGGACUCUCUUGCCACAUUUAUGGAAACUAUGUUGUGCAAUGUGCCCUGAACAUGAAUGUGGCUUGGGCAGCGGAGACGAUAUGUGCUGAUCUCGCAGGAAGCUUGAUGGAGCUAUCGGUGCACAAGAAUGGCAGCUACGUCGUGCAGAGAUGCCUCGAGUCGUCGGGGCGGCACCACAUAAUCCGAGGGUUGGAUUGUCUAAGCCAGGGAGAGCUCGAGGACAUGCUUCAACAUUACUACGCCAACUACGUGCUGAAGACUGCAUUGGCGUUCUUCAAGGUGAAGCCACUUUCUCCUCACAACCCAUCUCUCGCUCCGUUAAAGCUGUCUCUUACCGCGAUCUUUUUGCAGAGAGGUUGUCCCUUCUACCGGAGACUGCUCGAUCGUCUUGAACGGCUCGUGCUCCCGUAUAAGAAUCACAUACAUGCGAGUAAUGUGUACAAGUGUAUCGUGGACAUCAGAAAGCGCUCCGUCUGAGAGGGAGAUGAAGCUGCCGAGUCAUCUUUUUCUAGAGUUCUGUAGAUGUGUUUGCAGAGUUUGGUGUCUACUUCUCUCCAUCUCUCUCUCUUCUAUGGCUGUUUUUGAUGUGUGAGGCUGCUGCUUUUAGUGUAUUUGUUUUCCCCUUCCAUUUUGUUGUUUCCUGGUAACGAAAGGAGGAGUGU